AUGAGCGCUCCGCACGACGAUGCGCGAUCCAUCGCCACGGACCGUUCCAUGGAGUCGUCCGAGUCGGACAUCCUCUUCUUCCCCACCGCCGGAUCAGCACGCAACUCGACCGACGUUGCACCCAAGCAUUCUUCCGACACAAUACGCGGCUCCAAGUCGCCACCCAUAGCUUCGCCGCUUCGUGACCGUGCCGAAGUGGAUGACGAUGCGGAAUCGCAGCCCCUGAACCGCACCGACACCGCACCGUACCACGACGAUGCUGCUGCGUCGACAGGUCACCGUACGCCUUCGAGCACUUUUGGCCACACGCUCGAUCCUGGAGCCUACUGGAGGCUGGCAGAGCAGGCGUCUGCGAUCCCCUCGACGCGCUCGCUCGAGCGUCGGCAGGGUGGAACGCUCAAGGAACGCAGAGAUGCCUACUGGAAAGCAUCGGUGGUCAACGUGCUGCUCAUCCUGAGCUGGUACACGUUUUCGACGCUCAUCUCGGUGUACAACAAGUGGAUGUUCGCGCAGGACAAGAAGAACUUUUCGUAUCCGCUGUUUGUCACGAGCUUUCACAUGGCCAUGCAGUUCGUGCUCAGCAGCACCGCACUCAAGAUCUUUCCGCAGCUCGUACCGCGUCGACCCAACGGCACGACUUCGCGACCGUCGGGCAAGCACUGGGCGACCAAAGUUGUUCCAUGUGCGCUGGCUACGGCGUUGGAUAUUGGGUUGUCGAAUACGAGCCUCAAGACGAUCACGCUCACGUUCUACACCAUGUGCAAGAGCUCCAACCUCGCCUUUGUGCUCUUCUUCGCCUUUCUGUUUGGGUUGGAGGUGAUCAGGUGGAGUCUGAUCGGUAUCAUUGCGCUCAUCACCCUCGGCGUGGUCAUGAUGGUGGCAGCCGAAACCAAGUUCGUGCUGGUCGGUGCGGUGCAGGUGCUUUCGGCGUCGGCGCUUGGGGGUCUGAGGUGGGCCUUGACCCAGAUGCUGCUGGACCGCGACGAGAUGGGCAUGAACAAUCCCAUCGCCACCAUCUUUUGGCUCGCGCCCGUGAUGGGCGUGGCCCUCAUCUCGCUUUCGGCCAUCUUUGAGAGCUGGCACGCCAUCUUUGCCGCGCAAUCGGGCUACUUUGAUACGGCCGCACACGCGUUCAAGACCAUCGGCCUCAUCGGUGCACCGGGCAUCCUGGCGUUCGGCAUGAAUCUGGCCGAGUUUGCGCUCAUCAAGCGGACGAGCGUGGUGACGCUCAGUGUGGCGGGCAUCUUCAAGGAGGUCUUGACCAUCGCGCUCGCCAGCAGCGUGUUUGGCGACGAACUCACGCCGAUCAACGUGACCGGGCUGUGCAUCACGCUGCUGGGCAUUGGCAUGUACAAUUUGCUCAAGUACCGGCUCAUCACGCGCGGAGCCGAUUCGGUCGGACAGGAAAUCGCCGGGCUCAACGAGCUGGGUGAGAGCAUCCGCUCGCGCGCCAGCUCGAUCUUUAGCGGCGUUUCCACCAGCAAUGGUGCGAGGCAAAGGGUGGGGACGAGUCGUGGCGGUGGGCGUGGGGGCGGAUACGAGCAUCUGGGUGCGGACGCAGACGAGGAGAACGAUCUGCUCUUUGACGAGGACCACGAGCGACGCAAGGGGGCCAGGCGCAAGAAUACGGGCGAGUCGGAUGCGCUCGAGCUCGACACGCAGCGUGUGAGCCAGGAGGUCAUCUCCAAACCGUACUCGGAGCGCGCCAUGACCGACGAGGAGAGAGAGCGCGAACGCGAGCGGCUGCGCAAGAUCGAGGAAGAGGCCGACAUGGACGGAUGGAACACUUCGGGCGAGCGAAUCACAGGCCAAGGGCUGGUGGAACAUGACCACGUGCGCACCCUGUAG